AAAGUCUAUCUCUAUCAUUCACAAACUCAUACACGCUCUUCUAGUAUGAGCAUUCCAAAUUCAAUCGGACCGUGACAGAAAGUGAAGAGGCGAAAUUAGGGUUUCCAAUCCGGCGAAAUUGAAGAGGCGGUGUUUGAAUAUGGGGAGGACUCGCACAAAGAAUGAUGGUCGUGGAUUGUAUAUUCGAUCAGACAAGGCGAGUACACGUAAGCGUUCCUCAAUCAUCGGACCAGGCGCGAUGAGGAAAGCAAGGCGAGUACACUUUUAUCUUGGUUUACCUACGAGGAAAAUUUACGAUGCGUUGAAAAACAAGAAAUUGCGUCCCAUCUAUAUGGAUGAAUAUGUUUGUCUUACGGAGCUUGCUAUUCGCCUCUAUAAUAUCAAGGAGCAUACGCAAUUCAGCCAAGUCAAGCUGCUUAAGAUAGUUGCAGCGCAGGGUGGGUAUUGGGUAAAUUUAAUCACUUUCGAAGCGCUGUCACCUCUCGGGGAUGCUACAGUUUUCAAAACAACAAUAACGCAGUUUUUUCGCCAAUAUCAGAAAAUAGAGAUUAAGCCUGUUGAGCUCAAAUGCUCUCAGUCUGGUCACAAUGGUGAAAACUCUAAACAAGAUCCGCCCCUUGAUAUUGCUCAACAACCCGUCAUCAAAACAUUCCCUGCUAAUACUUUGGAAGAUAUGGCCCCUUUUCUCUCCCAGUAUGCUCUUGUCAUGUAUGACAUGGACGAGUCUCUCGCGCGCACAGGUAAUAUAAAAAGAGAGGCAUUUCAUAGCAUUUCCUCACUGAAAGUUGUCAAGGUAAUCAAACUUGAUGCAGAGGAGGGAACUCUUUACCAAGUUACUUUCACAGCCUCCUUGCGUGAUGAGAGCAAGAAUGUUGAGACCUUCGAAACACAUAUAUGUGUGCCUACCCUCUUCCCAACUAUGAUCUUGGAAGUAAGGGAUUUUAAGAUGAUCAAGCGCGACUGAUGCAGGGUUUGCUUGCAACAGUGCCUGUGGAUGGGCAGAGGGAACGAAAAAACUAGUUGCUAAAUAAAGUCGGCUGCAUGUAUAUUAUGGGGCCGUUUGGGCAAGCUUAAAAGAAGUGACUUCUUGCUUAAACUAGAGAAGUGAAGCAGAAGUGAGAAGUAAAUAAGUUAAUAAAGUGUUUGGAAAAGAAGCAGAAGAAGCUAGGUUUCUCAGCUUCUUAAAAGUGCUUCUACUUCUUUACACAAACGGGUCAAGAGAAGUAGAAGCCAAAGCAGAAGCUGCUUCUGUUAAACAAACAGGCCCUAUGUUUAUGAAUUGGUCACUGUUGAGUGUUCGACCAUUUGAAACAAAUGAUUAGAUUUAUGUCCAAGCUCGUUAUGUUUAGUUUGUGUGUGUCGGAUGAUCUAUUCUUAUUUUUUACUACUCUCUAUGUCUCAUUUAAUUCUAUACGUUUAUUUUUCACU